CCUAUUUGAAAUUAAAAAUCUGUUGGAACAAUAAAGCAAAGCAUAAUAUACUCUUCAAGAUGCAUUUGAAAAGCCCUGUAUUUAUUUUUUGUUUUGUGUAUGGCUUCUUCGUUGCUGUUGGUUUUGCUGAAAUUAUGUGUAGUUAUCCGUGGAUAGGAUUCAACGGACAUUGUUAUAUGUUUGGAAUGAACAAUAAAAGUUGGUUUGAAAGCAAAGUUGCAUGCAACACAAAAAAUGCUUAUCUUGCUCGAGUGGAAACACCCACGGAAAACGACUGGAUUAUCCAACAACUGUUUGCUUUAAAUAACCUCUGGUAUUGGUGGAUUGGUGGAAACACUUUGAGAAAAGUCGGUGAUUGGAAAUGGGAAUCCACCAAUGAAAAAAUUGGAUUCACAUUCUUUUAUCCAUCAGAGCCCAAUCGCCCAACAAUUGAAAGAUGUCUGUGUUACUUUAAUCAUGAUAAAAAGGCAUUUUAUUGGGGUGAUGGUACAUGCAGCACAAAACGGGAUUACGUUUGCGAAAAAGAUCAUUGAAAUUGAAAAAAAAAUUUCACUUCUGUGUAUUGCAUACAAAAUAAAGGUUUUGUUUGCAGAUGUCUAAUUACGUAUCCAUGUUAAGAA